AUGGCGGCCGAGGUGUCUUUGCAUUCGCCCACAGUGCAAUAUUUGGCCACGAUCUUUGUCAACCGCAUUCCCUGGAUGGUGGCUGCUAAUGAGAUCAAAGAACACUUCAGUCAAUUUGGCACUGUAAGAAGAUGUUUCCUACCAUUUGAAAAAGAAACAGGCUUUCAUAAAGGUUUUUGUUGGGUUGGAUUUUCUUCAGAAGAACUUCAAAGGGCAUUACAUCAAGAAAGUCAUGUCAUUGAUGGAGUCAAAGUCUAUAUUGACUGCCAAAAACACAGACGUCAAAAUAUGAGGGAGAAGAACAAUCUGAAUUAG